GCUAGACGGGUGAAAAACGGGGGCCAUUCGGAUGGAAUGGAUACUGAAGAUUGAUUCAUAUCAUUGUGUUGACAACAAAGAGCAAACCAAAGCAAUCCAAACUAUUUUUCGGGUAUAGUAAUAUUCGAUGGGGGGUGUGUGGAACGAAAGAAAUAUAAGGAGGCGCAUAAAUACGCAAUUGUUGCUGUCUGAUUCAAAGAUCUCAGAUUUUGAUCAAUUCAUCUUUUUCUUCAAGCAGGCAAGACAUGUUCUCGAAAUUGAAACUUUCACACAAGGGAGGCAAAGUGGAGGCUGCUGAUCCAGCAGCUACUCCUGGACAACCACCAUCCACCAGUCAAAUCUACCAAUCAAGAAAGAACUAUGGUGUUAAUUUCGGUGCUUGCUUUGUGUUGGAAAAAUGGAUUUACCACGAUUUAUUUAUCAACGAUAGCGGUGUUGAUUGUGAAUUGAAAGCAGUCAAGGAUUUAGUGGAUAAGUAUGGAGAAGAAGAAGCAAGAAACAGGUUUGAGAAUCAUUGGAAUGAAUACGCCAAUGACGAUGAUUGGAACUGGUUAGUCGAUCAUGGAGCUAAUUCAAUUAGGUUGCCCAUUGGAUAUUGGGAUAUUGACGGUGGUGCAUAUACUAGUGGGUUUAAGUUUGAAAAGUAUAAGCACGUGUAUGCCAAUGCCUGGUCAAUCAUCAAGGAGAAGUACAUUGAAGUAGCUGCAAAGCACAACAUUUCUGUAAUUGUAGAUAUCCAUGGUUUACCAUACGGUGCCAACAAAUCUGAUCAUUCAGGCGAACCAGGGGAAAGUAAGUUUUGGGAUAGUGAAUCAGCUCAGCUCCAAAUGGCUAAAGCGGUAGGAUUUGUUGCUCAAGAUUUAAGCAAGUAUGAAAAUAUUGCUGGCAUUCAAAUUGUAAAUGAAGCAGAUUUUACCGAUUCUACUAAGAAAAGAUCCAAGUAUUAUUCUGCUGCUAUUAACGAAAUCCGUUCUCAUGACAAGAAAGUCCCCAUUGUUAUUUCUGAUGGUUGGUGGACUGACCAAUGGGUUAAAUGGGUUCAAGAGCAACAGAAUGACUUGGGCCAAAAUAUUGGUGUAGUGAUUGACCACCAUUGUUAUAGAUGUUUUGAUGAUAAGGAUAAACUGAAGGAACCACAGCAGAUCAUCAAUGAUUUACAGAAUGAUCUCUUGACAAACUUGUCAGAAGGUGGUAAAUAUGUUGAUAUCAUGGUUGGGGAAUAUUCCUGCGUACUUGACACUGCCUCCUGGGAUAAGAUCGGUAACCAUAACAGAGACGGAUUAGUAUGUGAUUACGGAAGACGUCAAGGUGAUUUAAUGCAAGAACGUACCUGUGGUACUUAUUUCUGGACAUUCAAAUUCCAAUCUGGUAAUGGUGGUGAAUGGGAUUUUAAAACCAUGACUGAAAAAGGUGCAUUGUCCCCACCGCCAAAAAUAGAACACGCCCCAGGCCAAUCCGAAUUCGAUCAGGCUUUAGAAUCAGCUUUUGAAGGGCAUAAGAACUAUUGGCAUUCUGCUAAUCCUAAAGAAAAAUAUGAUCAUGAUAGAUUUAAGGAUGGGUUCACUACUGCUUGGGCUGAUGCUGAUGCGUUUGCUAAAUUCCAUGGGUCUAGAAUCGGGAGAAAACAAGCUUGGAAACAAGCAAGAUUGCAAGAACACGUUCAUGCAAAAGGUAAGCUGAACUUUCUUUGGGAAUGGGAACUGGGGUUCGAUCAGGGGUUAGCUGGAUAUUACACUCAUUGUAGUUAGUUUGUUAGUUAGUUUUAUUUCAAAUAUAUGUGUUUGGUUUUUGCAGUCAUUA